AUGUUCUCUUUUUACUACAUACUUCUCGCCCUCUGCCUCUUCUCAUUCUCGGUGGACGCGGAUAUCGUCUGUCCCGCAAACCCCCCAUCACCUACGGCAUGUACUGACUGCCAACAUGCAAUUAAUUCCGUCUUACCCGCGAAUUUUUCGCAAGAACCUGACCCACAGAAUCUUCCGGCUACAGUACAUCCGUGUGACAUUUACAACUUGUGGUUCCGUGAACUUUUACGACAUUGGACGCCGAACAAAACUGCGUUCGAUCCGGAUGUCCCACAACUCGUCCGGAACUCGAUUGCCACGGCGUGUACUUUAUCGACCAAGUGCACGGCCGAGUUUGCUCUCCCUGAGGCAAAAACUGUGGACACAUCCUGCGGUGAUCUGGUUGCCGCUAGCGGCAACGAUACUGGGGUAAAUGAUGCUCGCCUCGCCGAUCAAAUAUUAUACGGCGGGGUCCCGCAGAGGCAAGUUUAUUGCACUCAGGACUCCAAUGGAGACACUUUUGGCUUUCAAAUUUUGAUUUCCAUCUUGAAUGACGCAAUGGCCAAACGAACCCCCGAUCAAGUUUACGUGCAUGCCCCAAAUCAUCCUAUCUUGGGGUACUAUCUCGUAUCGAAAACUCAUCAGGCUACGCCUGAACAGUUGCCCGUCUCGGCAAUGUGCACCCCCGCGUAUGCGUUCAUGGUUAACACUUAUAGGCAAUUCGUUGCCAAAAAUCCCCCCGACUCGCGGUUUACUUCUAUCUCGGGCAACUUGAAGACGGCCGUAGAUACUCUACAGAGUAAUUGUCCGAAUUUGUUGACCCCCCCAACUAAGGUCAAGAGGGAAAGGCUAGGCAGGUUCUCUAGGAAGAGAAUGUAA